CUGCUGCACGGCUCAGCGGCAACACGGUCUGGUGAAGGGAGGAGAGAAAGCGAGAGAGCAAAGAAAAGAGGAGAAGCAGGGUGGCAGCUGCUGCAGCCCGACAGGAAGCAACGGCGGAAAAUAAAGGGCUCUAAAGGGAAUUAGCAUUUUCUUCCUGUGCAAGAGUCCAGCAGAUUCAUCCGCUCCUCAUGCUCUUAUGGCUCUAAAUGUUCUCCGUUGAAGGAAGACGUCUGGGGGUCGAAUAAAAGGCAGGUAGAGCAUCAAGGGAAGGUGCAGACAUGGCUGCCAAGAGGGGCAAGUCUGGCGUGCCACAGAGCGUGGCACGAAGCGAGCUGAAGGUGUACCGCGUGGGCAGCACAGAGGGACGCAUCCCUGUGCCAUCCAACCUUCGCAAACAGAGGUCUCUGACCAACCUGGCCGUCCUGACGGAUGCUGAGAAGAAGAUGCAGCUCUAUGAACCCAAGUGGUGCGAUGACAUGAGCAAAGCUGCUUCAGGACACCUGAAGAAGCCUAAAUCAGUGGCCGGUGGAGGAACAGCUGGCACACAACUCUCCCGCAACCUGUCCAAAUCAGACCACUCCCUCUUCCAGGGCAAACCCAAGGCAUUCACCCCACUCGCAGCACCAGGAAAAGGCCAAAGUCGUAUCCCUCGAGGCCCCUACGCGGAAGUAAAACCCUUGAGCAAGACAUCUGACGACUGCAAGUCUGAUGAUGAUAUCCUUUCCAGCAAAGCCAAAGCCAGUGGGAAGAAAGCUGCGACUGGGAGCUCAGGAGACCCAGAGGCCAAGGGUCAAGGUGAGGAAGGUGGCGAUAAACCUUUCCUCAAGGUGGACCCAGAGCUGGUGGUCACCGUUCUUGGUGACCUGGAGCAGUUGCUUUUCAGUCAGAUACUUGAUCCUGAGUCUCAAAGAAAACGAACCGUUCAGAAUGUUCUGGAUCUCCGACAGAAUCUGGAGGAAACCAUGUCCAGCCUGCGAGGCACUCAGCUCAGCCAGAGCUGUCUGGAGAGCAGUGUCUGCUAUGACAGCGAUGAAACCAACGCUCGCAGCAUCUCCAGUCUCUCCAACCGCUCGUCUCCUCUCUCCUGGCGCCACGGUCAAUCCAGUCCUCGUCUGCAAGCCGGAGAUGCACCAUCCUCCACUGGCAGCAGCUAUCUGUCAGGCACCAAGGCCUCUCAAUACACGUCUCAGACCAUGCCUGCUCGCUGCUCCAGCCGCCUCAGCCACACGUCCCGCAGUGAGUUCCUGGAUGCAGGAGACAGCGACCUCAAAUCUGGAUACCUGAGCGAUUCUGAUGUCCUGUGCAAGAGCCUUAAUGAUGAAGAUGAUGAUGACAAUCUGGCCAAUGGCUGGGAUGAAAGCAGCUCCAUCAGCAGUGGUCUGAGUGAUGGAUCUGAUAACCUGAGCUCGGAGGAUCUGAAUGCCAGCUCAUCUCUCAACUCUCUACCCACCACACCUGUGGGCUCCAGACGCAACUCCUCCGUCAUGUUGCGGACUGAUGCAGAAAAGCGUUCCCUGGUGGAAAGUGGUCUGGCCUGGUACAGUGAGGACAGUAAAUGUUUACGGAAAACUGAUGGAGUUUAUGACACCGGCAGCCUUAAAAGUGAGCCGUCCUGCAAGUGGAGGAAAACUCGACUGCCGGACGGUCCCGCGCUGGACAAGAUGAGUAAAGCAGAGCUGAAAAAACCUCAGAGUCUCGGACAGACGAGCAGUUUCCGAAAGAGCCGCAAUCCUCCUGUGGGAGUCACUUCACCCAUCACACACACCUCACAGAGUGUGCUCAAAGUCGCAGUGUGUAAAGGAGACCCAAAGGCAGUAGACAAAGUGAAGAUGUCUGUGAAGGCGACGGGUCUGCAGCGCUCCCGUUCAGAUGCAGGCCGGGACAACGAGCAUCGCAAGCCUCCCUCAGGUCUGAUGAAACCGUCCGCCGGCGGCUCUUUUGGCUACAAAAAACCUCCGACCACCGGCACCGCCACUGUGCUGACAGCAGGGGGCGCCACCAUCACCAGCGGAUCUGCUACUGUGGGCAAAACCCCCAAAUCCUCAGGCAUCCCCAUCAAACCAGUGCCAGGCGGAGGAGCACGCAAAAACAGCCUGGACGCCAGCGGAUCUGAACAGGGAUUUCUUGCACCCAACGCCCGUGGCAGUAUUCAGUAUCGCAGUCUGCCACGGCCUGCAAAAAACAGUGCUAUGAGCCUAACGGGACGGCCUGUUAGUGGCAACAUCGAUUCCAGUCUCCUCACUCUCAAACCUGUGCCAGCUUUACCCAACACCAUGCCCAGCCGAGGAAAAGACGGGGGCAGCCUGAAAGCCACCAGCCGCACCAGCAGCACUGGACCGGUCAACCAGACGGACCGUGAGAAGGAGAAGGAACGAGCAAAGGCCAAAGCGGACCUGGAGAUCAGCUGCCUGAAGGCUGAGAGCCAGGCGGACGGGUGCGGAGAAACCCUGGAGAAGAUACAUCGAGUGCGGAGGACCAGCAGCAGUAAAUACCCUGAGCUGAGCUCUCCCACCAGCACACCCAGGUUAUUAAGCAGUAAGUCUCUGGCUCAUCCGCCCAGUCUGGCUCACCUGGACAAGCUGAACUCCAACAGUCUGGACUCCUGCAUACCCAUCCAUGACCUUCCCCCAAAGAUCCCUCCGUUCUCCAAACUCCAGGACCUGGCCGGUGGCCGCGUGGCUCCGCGCCUCAGCCCGAGCCCCGCACCUGUGCUGCACAUCGACUCCCCGAGCUGUUUCUCGGGUCAGGCUCUGUCUGUCAGCAGCUCACCCAUCCUCUACCCGAAGAUGUCUGGCCUGCACCGCAGCAUGGAGUCUCUGCCGCUGCAUAUGAGCCUUCCUGCUAAAGCCGAUCUGGGGGAGCGAGAGGAGUGCAGGAGUACCGGGACGUGGGGUGCCAGCAGCCGAACGUCUGUCACUUUAGGAGACAGAUACUCAAGUGGUCAUUCAGAGGGUGAAGGACGGGAACGCCGGCAUUCCCACACUAUCACCAGCAUGACGGAUUCAGCCACUCCACCUCAGCUGCCUUCUCCAACACACACCACGCCGGCCUACAUCGGCAAAACACCACCAACCAGUGUGGUGACUCCCAUCCCGAACUCCGGCUCUGGUUCUGGGAUCACACGCUCCAGCAGCAUCCCUGCGUCUGAUCUGGGUUACGAUCUGUAUGGGACGUCCCCUCUGGGCAGCUCUCUGUCUCUGGCUGACCGACCCAAGAGCAUGAUGAGGUCUGGGUCAUUCAGAGAGCCUGCUGAAGACGUUCAUGGAUCUGUGCUCUCUCUGGCCUCAAAUGCCUCCUCCAACUAUUCGAACGAAGAGAGAAUGCAAGGAGAGCAAAUCCGGAUACUGAGACGUGAGCUUGAGUCCUCUCAGGAUAAAGUGGCCAAUCUGACCACCCAACUCGCUGCAAAUGCCAACCUGGUGGCGGCGUUUGAGCAGAGUUUGGCACUCAUGACGGCACGACUGCAGAGUCUGUCCGUCACGUCCGAACAGAAGGAUACUGAGCUACAGGACCUAAAGGAAACCAUAGAGGUUCUGAAGACAAAGAACACAGAGGCUCAGACCCUAAUCCAUGGGGCUCUCAGCACCCCUGACCCCAUGCCCAAAGAAGAGGGCGGAGCCUUUACAGCUUGUGCCUCAGAGCUGCAGAUUGACCGGCAGAACUCAUCUGAGAGCAUUUCCAGUCUGAACAGCAUCACCAGUCACUCCAGCGCUGGAAGCCUAAAGGAGCAGGAGGCCAAAAAGAAGAAGAAGAAGAGCUGGCUCAGGAGCUCCUUCAACAAGGCCUUCAGCAAAAAGGGACCCAAAGCUCCAUAUGCAGAUAUAGAGGAGAUCGCAACCCCAGAGGCGUCCGCUCCGUCUUCACCCAAAAUCCACCAUAAUGUGGACAAUACUUUCACAAAGGCUUCAACUUCAACAUCAGGGUCCUGCGGGGGUCCGGAGGAGACGGAGCGCGAUGAGAAAGUGGUCUCAGAGUUACGCUCUGAACUGUGGGAAAAGGAGCGAAAGCUGACCGACAUCCGGCUGGAGGCGUUGAGCUCUGCACAUCAGCUGGAGCAACUGCAGGAGGCCAUGACCAACAUGCAGAUUACAGUCGAGAACCUGAAGGCGGAGAAUGACCAGCUGAAGACAGGUGGCCCCACCUCCAGACCUCCAAGCUCCACCUCCCAGUCCUCUGGGCUCGGCUCAUUGGGCGUCUCGUCACCAAGGCAAUCUGUGUCAUCAUUCAGCAAAACCGCUGGCACUGGACAAACGGAGCCUUAUCCAGACGUGUUCCACAGUCCCACCUCCACUCUUCAGAAGGAGGAAAGUCUCGUCAGAGUGUUGGUUCGCAUCCCAAACCAGCAGCUUUUUAAAGAUGAGGUGAAACAGCUGGAGUUUUUCAUCGGCUCAGUUAAGAUCAGUGGACGGACGGACUGGUUUUCUCUGGACUCUGCUGUUAUCCAGGCUUUUAAAGAGUAUCUGUCGGUGGUGGACCCAGGCUCCAGCCUUGGCCUCUCUCAGGACUCCAUCUACAGCUACAGCCUCAGUCACCUAAAGAGGGUUUUGGGUGCGCAGCCCCCGGAGACGCCACCGGUGCGCCUCUACAGCCGAGGACAGGCCUGCAUCACUGUGGCCCUCAAGGGGCUAAAGGAAAAGUGUGUGGACGUGCUGGUGUUUGAGACGCUUGUCCCGAAGCCUAUGAUGCAGCACUACAUCAGUCUGCUUCUGAAGCACCGGCGGUUGAUCCUGUCAGGUCCCAGUGGCACCGGGAAGACCUACCUCACCUACCGGCUGGCGGAGUAUCUGGUGGAGCGCAGCGCCCGCGAGCUCACGCCGGCCAUAACCAACACCUUCAACAUGCACCGCCAGUCCUGCAAGGACCUUCAACUCUAUCUGGCCAAUCUGGCCAAUCAGAUCGACCGGGAGAGCAGCACUGCUGAAAUCCCAUUGGUUGUGAUCUUGGAUGAUGUGCACGAGCCAACAUCCCUCAGUGAACUUGUAAACGGUGCUUUAACCUGUAAAUACCACAAAUGUCCAUAUAUAAUAGGAACAACCAAUCAGCCAGUAAAGAUGAGCCCGAAUCAUGGUCUGCACCUCAGCUUCAGGAUGGUGACAUUUUCCAAUAAUGUGGAGCCGGCAAACGGGUUCCUGGUGCGUUACUUGCACAGAAAACUAAUGGAGGCUGAAGACCCGAGGAGUGUGACCAAUGAAGAUUUGCUGCGGGUGCUGGACUGGGUGCCCAGACUCUGGUACCACCUUCACACCUUUCUGGAGAAACACAGCACCUCCGAUUUCCUCAUUGGCCCCUGCUUUUUCCUGUCCUGUCCAGUAACAGUGGAAGAUUUCCGCACAUGGUUUAUCGAUCUGUGGAAUCACUCCAUCAUCCCGUACCUGCAGGAAGGAGCCAAAGAUGGCAUUAAAGUUCAUGGGCAGAAGUCUGUAUGGGAGGACCCGGUGGAGUGGGUCAGAGGGUCUUUGCCGUGGCCUUCUGCUCAACAGGACCAGGCCAAACUCUUCCACCUGCCUCCGCCCAGCACCGGCCCCGGCAGCCCCAGUCAGCCAGCGGACGAGCGGUCACAUAAAGAGACGCCGCCCAGCUCUGUGGAGGCAGAUCCGCUGAUGGCCAUGCUGUUAAAACUACAAGAGGCAGCCAAUCACAUCGAGUCACCAGAGAAAGAAACAGACCCAAAACUCCCUCCUCUCUGAACAUCCAUCGCUCACGUCGAGGUCCAGACUCCAUCAGCUCCUCCAUCUCUUCUGUAGCCAAUGUUGAAGUCCAGACUCCCUCCAUCUUGUGGUCCAGACUCCAUCAACUCCUCCAUUUGAGGUCCAAACUCCAUCAGCUACUCAAUAUUGUAAUAUAGACUCCAUUAAUUCAUCCAUCUUAUGGUCCAGACUCCAUCAGCUCCUCAAUAUUGUAGUCUACACUCUAUUAAUUCCUCCAUCUUAUAGUCCAGACUCCAUCAGCUCCUCAAUAUUGUGGUCCAGACCUAAUUACCUCCUCCAUCUUAUGGUCCAGACUCCAUCAGCUCCUCAAUAUUGUAGUCUACACUCUAUUAAUUCCUCCAUCUUAUGGUCCAGACUCCAUCAGCUCCUCAAUAUUGUGGUCCAGACCUAAUUACCUCCUCCAUUAAGUUGUCCAGACUCUAUCGAUUCCUUCAUCUUCUGGCCCAGACUUCAUCUGCUCCCGAGUAUUGUGGUCUAGGCUCCAUCAAUUCCUUCAUCUUAUUGUCCAGACUCCAUCAACUCCUCCAUAAUACUGUCCAGACUCCAUCAGCUCCCCAAUAUUGUGUUCCAGACUCCAUCAAUUCCUCCAUCUAGAAGUCCAGACUCCAUCAAAUCCUCCAUCCUGAGGUCAAGACUCCAUCAGCUCCUCCAUUUUUAUGUCAAGGCUCCAUCAGCACCCCAAUAUUGUGCUCCAGACUCCAUCAAUUCCUCCAUCUAAAAGUCCAGACUCCGUCAAAUCCUCCAUCUUGAGGUCCAGACUCCAUCAACUCCUCCAUUUUGAUAUUCAGACUCCAUCAGCUCCUCAAUACAGCUGUCCAGACUCCAUCAGCUCCUUCAUUUUGAUAUUCAGACUCCAUCAGCUCUUCAAUACAGCUGCCCAGACUCCAUCAGCUCCUCCAUCUUGAAGUCCAGACUCCCUCAGCUCCUCAAUAUUGAAGUUCAGACUCCAUCGUUCUCCUCCUCUCCUGCCAGCCAUGUCAAGGUCCAGACUCCAACACCUCCAGAUGACACUGUACUGUUACAAUUAAUGCUGUUAGUGCAUUUCACCCACUUAUUUAUUUAACUACCCAUUCCACCUGUUUCAUUUCAAUCCAAUGCCCCUUACAGAAAAGUACUAGGGUGGUAUCAUGGUAAUACCAUAGUUGACAAGUUCUGCCAACAUGCUAUACUCCAUUUUAAGCAGCAUUUUGCUCUUGUAAAGCUACUCAGCAUGCAUGAUUUGAUGAUCUCUUGUUCGAUGAGAGACUACAAGAAAUAUUUGUACUUAUAAAAAAGACAAGUCACACCUCAGGACCUUUAAAAAUGACAAAGCGAAGAUAAGAGUGUGAUUUAAAAAGCGUGGAAAGAAUUGGUAACCAGUUAUAGCACUUAAAUCUUUUCUUAUACAUGCAUACAUUUAAAUAUCCAAUAUACCGUGGUACUGAUUUAAAGAAACAUGGUAUUACCACAGCAAUUUCUCCAUCUAUGUUCAUACAUGGUACUUUUAUGUAAGGGCUUUUGUCAUGCAUAACUACAAGAAUAACAUACUAUGACAGAUAUAAACGACGAUGAUUUUAUAGCACUUCUAUCUGCAUAUUUCUGUUUACAGAGGUUAAUGUACAUACGGAUGUAAUUUCUCUUUUGCGGGAGCCUUUACUGUUCCACUUCUGCCCGUUUUAACAACACAACGAUACAGGUGCUAACAACGUGCGCUCUCACAAGCAACAACCAAUCUGGGGUAUUCUGGGAAAUAUAAGAUGUCUCCUUCGCCGUCGUGACACUUUACAGGCCACUUUAGCCUAUGCUGCUUUUUGUAUUUUUCAUUUCUUUCACAUUAUUAAAAAAGGCCACAGCAUAAGCUACAGUUAAAACCCCAAUCCUUCAGUGUCAGAAACUCGUAUGCAGGUUGCGAAGGAUAUUUUCGUCCUCUUUGUACCACGUUAAAUGCCUUACAACAGAUUUAAAGCGUGCUAUCAUGUUUUCUCCUCGUCCUGUAGAGGGCAGAGUCGAGCAAUCUUCACUAUUUAAUGGCACCUUUCUCUUUAUGAUUGUGAAUCAGGAUUGAAUUGGCAACAACAGACGGGAUGCUGAAUUGAAAUUUGAUUUGGAGUUUUUUGGGUCACAUUUUAGAUUAAGUGGCCUUAAAUACUAGAUGCUUGCAUCCAAAAAUAUUUGCAAUGUAUUCAUUUAGUUUAUAAUAUAUUGGACAACACUUCUGGUGCUAUUGUGGUGGGAUAUUGUAAGGUUAGGGACAGCUAUGGUUAAACUAUGUGGCUCAGCAGUGUAAUUAUAUAUAUAUAUAUAUAUAGAUAUAUAUAUAUUAUAUAUCUAUAUAUAUAGAUAGAUAUAUAUAUAGAUAGAUAGAUAGAUAGAUAGAUAGAUAGAUAGAUAGAUAGAUAGAUAGAUAGAUAGAUAGAUAGAUAGAUAGAUAGAUAGAUAGAUAGAUAGAUAGAUAGAUAGAUAGAUAGAUAUGUAAAAAUAUACCAAAUUGUUUAUUUAAAAAUUUAAUUAAGACCAUUUAACAUAUUGUUUUCUGAAUUGCACUUCAAAGACAUUUUUAAAAACAUUUUUUUUAUUUAAUUAAACUUAAAACAUCAUCUAAAUAUGGUUGUUUGUUACCCUUAGUCAAUGCAUUAGAAAUUUUAUUUAUAUAUAAAUAUAUACAGGGCUUGACAUUUCAGCUGUGGCGGGUUAGACAGCCAUCGCCACUAGCCACUCUGGCCGGUUGAACAUUUUUUUAAACUUGUAGUUUCUUACAAACAGGGUUCGACAAUAAAGAUGGCCCAAUAUUCGUGCAAAUGUGUUCUUAGAAUCGAAAAGCAGCAC